AUGGUUGCUGAUGUUUCUGUGUAUCAGAGGGCAUAUGCAGCAAGCGAAAUGGGACAAAGAAAUAGAACGGUCGAUAUAGAAAUGGAGCAGCAGCAAUCUCAAGCCUCUCUCCAACCAGAGCCUUGCAUCCUUCUAGGCAGCUUUCCACAACAACCACCUGACCAUAAUCAUAAUCAUCAUAACAUCCCUGCCAUGGUUACAAACGUUCCUAAUUUAGUAGAAGCUCAUUCUCUUCAAGACCCUAAUUACGACAACUCUGCAAUGUUCUAUGGUCUUCCUCAGUACCACCACCACCAACCUCCUCCUCAUCAUCAUCAGCGUGCUCCAACGAAUUUCUAUGUUCCUUAUGUUGCAUUUCAAGCUCCUCCAAGUCAGCUACCGUCUUCCAGCAGUCAUGGUGUAGUGGGAGUAAGUUCUGAUCAUGAAUACGAGAGGAAUGCUCAUUUUAUGGAUCACACAAGAGGAGCAUAUAAGAGAAAAAACGCAGAAGGGAUGCUUGUAAAUCCUCAGUAUUUAAGUACUUUAGCAACUCCGUUCAAUGCACCAGAGACAGCAGCGCCUUUUGGAGGCGCUAGGAACAGACCAGGAGGAGCUGUUACAACAAUGAACCCUGUUCUUCCUCCUCCUCAUGCUCCAAACAGCUUCAUUCAAGGGAGCUAUCCAGGUCAUCAUCCUUUCCCACCUCCUGGCUCUAUCUGGUAUGAUCAACACCAUGGAAGAUCUGAUGCUUCACCUUCGUUUUGGCCUCACUCGCCUUACAUGCACGGUAGUAACAUUGUCGAGUCUAGUAGCAGAAACCCUACAGCGUUCAUGUAUCCUUCUCCAUUAAACCCGAGGGACUAUUAUAGUCAUCAUCAUCACCCUGCACCUCCUGGUGUACAAGGAGUGAGAGGCCAGAGCACUACGUUAUACCCUCACAUGGCUUCUCCGGCCUCAUUCAGAGUUCCUCCUGGGAGCUUUGCUCCUCAGACCACCAUGAAUAGUGGUCCUUCAGGUUCAGAGAUGGGUCCAGUUCAACAAACCGGUCGAAUAUACCAGCAUCAUCAGCGAGAUGAUUCUGUACCUGUAGCUACUCUUAGACAACACCGUGGUGGAGUUCCUCGGCUUAGAGUGAUGCCUGAUGAUGAAGUUGCGAUAUUGGAGUUUGGAGACUUCCUUGGCGGUUCUGGAAAUAAUAACAUUGAUCAUCAUCGAGAUAUGCGAUUGGACAUUGAGGAAAUGUCUUACGAGGAGCUUCUUGCGUUGAGUGAGCGAAUUGGGACUGUAAACACUGGUUUGCCAGAGGAAGAUGUGAAGAAUCAUCUGAAAACAAGAACAUGUUUAGGAAUCAACCUUGAAAAAGAGCCGUCGUCUCCACGAACCAAAGAUGUAGAAACUGAGCCUUGCACUAUAUGUCAGGAAAGCUUCAAGAACGAAGAAAAGAUUGCGACUUUGGAUUGCGGGCACGAGUAUCAUGCAGAGUGCUUGGAGAAAUGGCUGGUUGUGAAGAACGUUUGCCCAAUCUGUAAAUCAGAGGCAUUGGUGAUGGAGAAGAGAAAGGUAUAA